UCAGACUCAGCUAGUUGCGUCUAGCUAAAAUGGCGGACCUCAUGUAGGGGUCGGGUGUAAUUACAUGUUACAUUCAAGGUGUUUUUAGCGAGUUUAUUUUCUGUGAAUUAAUCUUUAGUCUAAACCAUGUUUUCCAGUUGCGGCCUGCGGGCCGUCGUGAAGUCUGCUGGGGGUGUUUUCCGUGAAAGCUCCGCUCUGUACACCGCGGUGUCAUCCAGAGCUUCAACCUGCAGCGGUUUGGGUCUAUUAUCAGGACCUGCAGUUAGCAAAGGAAGCUUUGCAGUUGCACCACCAGCGAGACAUUAUGCCCGGGUAGCAAAGAAAAAGAAGACAGGCCCUGAAAGCCAGCUUGGCGAUCUUCUUCCAACAAUGCUGAAGAUGGAUUAUGCAGCUGUCCCACUUGUUCAGUCGACAGAUGAUCUUGUCAAACGUCUUCUUUCACUGGAACUGGCGAGUCAUAGAGAAAAGCUACAGCUGAAAAAGGAACAACUGAUUGCAAAAGUUCAAAGAGAUGAGAAUGAUCGCAAUUCAGUGGAAGUCCAGGUGGCUAUUUUGACUGCAAGAAUUCGAAACUAUCAGGAGCAUUUGCAGAAACACCACAAGGACAAAGCUAACAAGAGGCACAUGCUCAUGGCCAUUGACCGCAGAAAAAAGCUUCUGAAAAACCUCAGGUUGGUUCGUUUCGAGACCUUUGAGAGAGUGUGUGAGCAGCUAGGCAUCACCUACACCUUCCCUCCAGAGUACUACAGACGGGCCCACCGGCGCUGGCUGGCCAAGAAAGAGUUCUGCAUUAAGGUUUUCAAGGCAGUGCAGAAGCAGAAAGCAGAGCAAAAGAUGAAGCAGCAUUCAGGCACCACGGAGACGGAAGCCAAGGCAUCAGAAGCUCAAACACAGUGAAACUAACUAGCAUAGACCACUAUGUGUUUUGCUUAGGGCUUACAUCUGCUUGUUUGGUCUCAAACUUUCACGUUCCAUCUUCUGUGUUUUUACCCUAAUGUUCUUUCAUUAUAUAUUCUUGAAUUAUCUUACAAUGAGAGCUUAUAGGAAAUAAAAUAUCUGACAAGCA